AACAAAAUGACAUGAGGAAAGUCAGGAAGUAAAUAAAAAGUAAAAAUAAAUAAGAAUAUUGUAAGCGAUUGAGGUGCUGUGAUCUGGUGGCCAUAGUUGUAAGUAUGUAGUUUGUUUCUACAUACACAUACAAUGUAUCCACAGAUAAUAUCUCAAGAACAACUGAAGAUAACGAAAUGGCGGAUAAGGAAAUUUGUGAUGUGGACCGGCAGGAAAGAUGAGCCAGAAGAUGGGCACAAAUCAUCACAUGCAGGCACCAGUGACAAGAAUACUCCUCAGUUAAAUAAGAUGAUUCUAAACUCCAAAGGAAUGCCUGUGUUGGAUGCAGGAGCACAGCAGCUGCAGAACAUACCUCAAAACGUGCAGGGAUUCAAUGUUUUUAUUUUUUCGCCUUCUAAAUUGAAUGAUGUUGGUUUGGUUACAAAAGUAAAGAAUGGGGAACCAGUUGUCGUGAACGAUAGUAAAGAUGGAAGUUCUGGAGUAAACACACCAGAAGCCUUAGCACCUGGUCAGCUGAUUCCUUUAUUGGAGACUCAAAAUAUAAGUCCUGAAGCAGUAGAUCCAGACAGACUUAAUAAGACUAAUUUGGAGGGACAUAGAGAAGUGACAGUAAUUUCUGUCAAGUCCCAGUCUCGCAAAGGGUCUGCUGUUGUGAAAGAAAAUAAGGAAAGUUUGCAGUGUUUGAAGAUGUAUGGUGGAGUCAGAAGGAAGAGAUCUGGUGAGGAUGCUGGAAUUUUGCAGAAGGGGUCAAAUAAGCAUCUGAAGUGUGAUGAUGCAAUAGAAAAUUGGAGCUCAGAGAACGGUGCUGGCAAGGACAAAGCAUCUGUGUCUGGUGAUGGUACUUCAACCUCAGUGAAAUUGUGGCACUGUGAAAGACGGCGACACUUGUCUCAAUUUGCUGAUCAUUGGCAACUUGCGUUGGCAGAAAUAGGAUACAUCAAUUGUCCAAUGAUGGAGUGCAACUAUAUUAGUUUGUCAGACACUGACAUUGCCAAACACUAUUUACAGUGUGAUGGGAAGUCAUCUGUUGCAGUUAAUACGUGCCCAGUAUGUAUGCAUCGUUUGGGUACUGAAAAAGAUUUGAAAGCCCACGUGCAGAAGUCACAUCCUGGUGAUGGCUUUUACAGAAAGACACUGCAGCGAGUAAUGGCUAAAAAUGAAUUGAAAGCGGAGCCCGAAGCUAAGUUACUUCCAAGGAGACGCGGUUUUUGCAAAGUACACAAAGUGUCAUGGGACAUGGCCAUUGAGUCAAAAGGCUAUGUGAAAUGUUUUUUCCAGAACUGCAGCUACCUGGCACUCACUGUGGAUGAGAUGAUAAAACAUUAUGGCAUAUGUAGUGGUGGUGGUGAUGUAGGAGUGUAUCCAUGUCCAUACAAAUGCCCUCACUGUGGCGGCUGUGUGGAGACAGUGGAGAAGCUCAACACUCACGUGGGAAAAUCCCAUGCCUCGGAACAGCAUUCAUUUCAGAUUCAGUUGUCAGCCAGUGGUUCUGGAAGCUGUAAGAAAGACAGUAUCAUUCCCCCUCUAGGUUUGGUGAAACCUAUUAAGUCAGACAUCCAGGUGGAAAAGGACACUUCACUAUGCCAGGAUUCCUUCAUCAUCACAUUGAAUGCUUCUAACCAAAAUGAGGCAGCUGAAAAACAAAUAGAGGCAUUUUGCCUUGAUAAAGUGAAAGUUGAGAUAAAUGGAACUGAUGAAUACAAGUAUGACAGUGUACAAGAUGUUUGCCUAAUGAAUAGAGAUGAAUCUGUUUAUCACAGUACUUCCUUUCCUGUUGUUCAGGUAAAACAUGAAAUUGAUAGAACAUUACCAGAGAAACAGUCUCCAUCUUCCGAAGACGAGAUAGUUCAUUAUGAACGUGAAGAACAUAAUGUUGCAAAAAUCUUAGGAGCGAGGGAGAAGUACUGUGAAGGCAAGGCGGAUGCUAAUGAGAUUGUCAUCGAACGUGUAGAGAAGAGUACCGAUUCUGAAUCUGUUGUUCUUGCAGAAAUACCAGAUGUCAGUAUUCAGCUUCUUGCACCUAUUCCAGGUACAAUCAAAGGGGAAUUAGGUGUGGUACGUUCAGAAAAGGCCUCUGAUGUCAGUAUCUGUACAGUGGAGGAGCCACCUGAUUGUGUUAGCACUGAGAUGAAUUGGAAACAACAUUCAUUGUCUGAGAAUCAGCUCUUCAGCAGUGAUCUGUCAGGAAGUGGACAGUCAAAUAACAUUGAUGUUGAGGAUGAUGCUUUAUCUCAUUCCCACAUGAAGCAAUACUCAAAUAUUUAUAGUGAUGACAGUUAUAGCAGCAAAUUAUACCAACAGGUGAAUAAUGAAACAAGCUGUGAUGGUGGCCCUAUUUGUGAUACAAUAACCAAACAGUUUGACAUUUGUCAGAAUGUGGAACAGUCACCGAAAGAUUACAGUGGUGAUGCCAAGUGUAAAAUUUUGAAAACAUACAAUAGAAGGAUGUUGAGGUUGCAUUCUAAUGCCACGAUAUGUGAUGUCAGCAACCCUGUACAGUUGAGAAAGUCUGCAAAAGAAAUGACAUGUUUAAAGAAAGAGAAAUCAGAUGCUACUACAAGACAGCAGAAUGAGAGCGCUGUACAGCUGAGGAAGUAUGCAAAUAAAGUGGCUUGUUCGAAUAAAAAGAAAUUGGAUGCUACUGCAAGACAGCAGAAUGAGAGCCCUGUACAGCUGAAAAAGUCCAAAAAAAAUGUGGCUUCUCUGAAGAACAAGAAAUCAGAUGCUACUACUUCAGGACAACAGGAUCAGCAGGUGGAGCUGUCUGGUGAUCAGGGCACACAAGGCACAUUGCAUUGUCAUGACAUUCCAUGCUCAGCUAAUAAUGUACAGUCAUCACAUAUGAAGGAUGCUGGGAGUACAAACAUCUGUGACAUUCAAGUGCAGUCCAAAGUUGAUAUUGAUGUUGCAGAAGAGGUUGAGGACUCCAAAAUAGGAAAAAGUGAUAUGUCUGUGAGAGGACAUGACAGUGUUGCUGAAGCAAAUUCUGAACCCAGUGCAAGUUCAGAGUGUCAGAACAGCAUGGAGAUAGACAUCUGCAUUGUGAAGGACACACAAGGGCUACAGUGUGGUCAAUCUGUUGAGUCUGGAAGGAGAAGGGGUAGACCUAGGGGUCGGGGCUGUAGAGGUCGAGGCUCCAGGGGUCGGGGCUGUAGGGGUCGAGGCUCCAGGGGUCGGGGCCGCAACAACUUUGCGCACAAAGUUUUACAAAGCGAGAGAGAAUUGGAUCAGAGCUCUGAUGAAGACAAACUUGUUAAGGUUAGCUGUGCCAAGUGCAAGGAAGAGAUGCAGAAGAAGUUAUUUGAGCAACACAAUAGAAUGAAACACUGUGGGCUUGCCUGGAUAGAAGGAGGUGAUCCAAUAGAUUUUAAUGAUGAAAAAUUGUUGAUGGGGAUCCUGAAAAAGAUCCUCCUCACCAGAAAGUGGCUAACCUGUGAGACUUGUGGGGACAGCAAGCGGAGUGUUGUGGGCUUCAUCAGUCACCUGCAGUGCUGCCAGAAGUCUGUCCAGGAACGCCUAAUGUUGAGGGUGGAGUGCACGAUUUGUAAAAGGAUAAUGCUGCCUGUAAGUCUAAAAGUUCACAUGUCAACUGUCCACAAGAACCCGAAGGCAGAGGUCAUGACACUGGAGGAAAUGGAAGUGCAGUGCAAAAUGAAGAGGGCUGCUGCCACAAAAGCAGUGUCACUUAUGCAGGAGUUUAUCGGAGAAGAAGAAGUAGUAGAAGGCACUGAGAAGCCAACAAAACAUUCAGAUGGGUUGUACUUAAAAGUCGAUUCACAUAAUGUCACCAAUUUUACUCGUGGUUCAUGGAAACGCUCAAUAACAAUGUUCGGUAAAGUUUCCUGUCGUCAUGUUGGCUGCAGUGUUGAAUCAAUAACAUUUGAAGAGAUGUUGGAACACGAUUUGAAUUGUCCAAUGGCUCCAAAAAAGGGUUAUGCGUGUCGAGCAUGCAGCUUCCACUGUGAAACUGAGCCGGAAAUGAUGAACCAUGUGACAUCAGCACACGGAAGCUCUCCAGAGUGUUCUGACAGCUCUGACUUAGAUUCAUCUGGGGAAGAUGAACUGGGACUAGAGGAUGAUAAGAAAUCUCGGAGAAAGAAGUCAAGGUCAUCUUCAUCUGCUGCCCAAAAAUAUAAAAUGCAUGGGAAGAUGAAAAUUGCCAACAAAAUGAAAUUCUUAUCGACGGAAUUAAGUGGUCCUGUGUUUGGUGACAAACCAUAUGUGCCUGCAGUGAAGUGGACAUUGAGUUUUCAGUUGGAGAACUACAUGCAGUCACUGUACCCUAACAUUCAUUCCACACGUGAUGACUGGGUAGCUUUAACUUCAGCAGAGGCUAUGCAGUACCUGCCCCACACGAAGGAGUCAGUUCAGAUCUCCCAUCUCUCCAUGAAGCACAAGGUUCUGGUGCAGCCGCAGAAAGCAGUGAAGCAGUGGCAUCGCCUCGCGCUUUUUGAAGCUGAAGUCAUUGAUGGGACACCAAUUUUUUUUGCUGGUGGACCAGUAUGGGCUACUGCUUGGUGUCCAAUUCCUCUACACAAAGCUAUUUAUCGCACUGCACACAUAAACCAGUACCUCGCUGUGAGUUGUCACAAUGGAAUGGAGGAUACAUACAUCAGUGGUCAGAGAUACUCACAUAAUGGGCUCAUCCAAAUCUGGGACUUCGGACAUCUAGACAACCAGCAACCUUGCACCACUCCAAAACUUGCCCUGGGAAUUGCUCAUAAUUGUGGUGCAGUGUGGUGCAUGGAGUGGUGCCCCUCUGGCUGUUAUGAUACUCCAGAUAUGAAGGUGCCUAAUCACAGGCUGAGGCGACUUGGUCUGUUGGGAGCUGCAUGUUCUGAUGGCUCGGUGCGAAUAUUUUCUGUAUGCUUUCCAUCUGAGGUGCAGGACAAGAUCUCUGACAGUCCUCCGAUAUUCAAGGUGGAGCCGGUUCGAACACUGGUGCUGGAUGAUAGGCAGACAUGUCUUCUGGCAGACUCUGAAUGGCAGUGCACUCGUUUGUCCUGGUAUAAGGGCAAGGGUCACAGGAUAAUUGCUGGAAGUUUCACAAAUGGUAUGGUGGCUGUGUGGGACAUGUCAACUGAAUCACCACUGCUGAUCAAGAGAACAGGCAAAUCAUGCACCAUGUAUCCAUACCACUCCUUCCAGGCACAUAUUGGGGUGGUUUCAGCCAUAGCACUGAUCCCUCAGGAUGAUGGCCGCUACCUGAUGACAGGCUCGUUCGAUCGCUCCACCAAAUAUUGGGACCUGGAGGACACCAGUGCACCCAUCACUGUGAAAAAAAGAGGGUCUGUUACUGAUGGUGUGUGGCUCACUCAUUGGGUGUCUGCUGUGAACUCAUUUGACGACAGCUACUCCUUGGGACAUGCAAAUGGAACUUUGAAUCCAGUAAGGAAUUUUGGAUUUACCAGUUACCCGCUAUUGGCUCAGAACUCAGUGGCUUGGGGCUUGUCAACCUGUGACUGGGUCAAUGCUGUGGCUCAGAGUACAUUGGCUGGGGAACUGACAGUAAUUUUCUCACAUCAACUACUGAUAGCUGUGGACACAGAGAAAGGCAUGAAGGAUAAGAGAAUGAUCAUCAGCUACACUGAAGUUGCGCACUUAGUAAAUGAGGAAGAGGAGGGUUCUCAUAGUGGCAAAUUUUCAGACAAGACCAACAGUAUCAAUAGUUCCUCUUCAGCUGUGGAGAAAUCUCAAAGUGACUUUGAGGGCAUGUUUUUGAAAGUAGGAGGUACAAAAGAUACUGCUUUGUCGACAGAAGGCAGUCAUAUUGAAGACACGGACACAAGUUGUAUUGAUAAUUGUGAUGUGGCCAUGCCAGGCUGUGGCAUUUCAAGGAAAAACAGAGGAAAUCAGAAUUACGAAAAGACUAUUGAAAGGACAGGUGGAUGUGUUCAGGAUGGGGCUGCAAGAGGUUCACAGUCUCUGGGUGACAGUCCUAAUAAGUCAUUAAAUACCUCUCUUCAAAGCGACAUUCAGUUGAAGGACAGUACAAUGACAGGAAACUUGUGCACAGUUGUUCAUGAAGAUAAUAUUUUAUCGGACAAGUUGAGAAAUGUAAAUAUCUCAUGUCGGACUAGUAACCUGUUACAAGACGACUUCGGUGUGUCAGAUAGUGUUGAUGCAGAAAGAUGUUUUAGCAGGGAAUCAUCAGUUGUCCGAGAGGGCAUGUCCAAAGCUGAUGAGGCUGAUGACAUCACAAAGGAUGAUAUGGACUAUCCUGAGAAGACAGAUGAUGAGGAUGUGACAUUUGACAAUGACACAGAAUACAACAGUGAUAGUGAUAGUGAUAUCUUGGAUGAAAGUAAGGACAAGAAGGAGGCUUACGACAGUUUCAAGAUAAUGUCAUACGACAUGGCAGACAAGAAUUAUGGGCUGAUUCUGUGUGACUUUCCAACAGACAACCUGAAGCAUAUGCCUCGUGAGGCUCGUUUGUGGAUGCGACAGUCAGACAAGAUGAGAGCAGUAGAUGCCAGUGUGUAUCCUAUCAGCUCCAUAAACAGGUGAAUCAUCAUUCAAAAUGGAUGGAAUAAUAAACCAUAGAAAUUUCCGCUUGUGGGCCUUGGAGAAUUCAAAUUAAACAAAUGAUACUCAAUUUUAAUACAGAUUUCCUGUAAGUAUAUGGUGCGAGAUUAUUGGCAAUAUAGUUAUUGGACUGUUUGUGUUUGAACACCACAUGACUGCAGAGAUAUACCUAAACUUUGUCAACCUGUCAGAACUGCUUUAAGAUGUGCCACUUGAAGUCAGACCAGGCAUAUGGUUUCAGCACAAUGGUACAACUGUACACUUCGCAAGAUGUGUAAGACAACCAACCAACUAAAAAGCUAACUAAAGGCGGAGUCCUGCGCAAGCGCAAGACAUCAUCCCUUUCUAGGUACCAGCAUUCCUGUGUACGAAACACUUUGCUAGAAAUGGUAAACAGAGCCUUAAAACUAAAAUGGGAGUUUGCGUACGCUAACGGGGGUUUUGUCUUGGUAGGAGCCACGACUGUUCAAACUAGGGCCUGUUGCUGCUGAUGGGAGGUAAUUUUGUGAGGCAACUUGCCCAAAGGAAUUUGAUUGGUUGGUUCUCUGGGGUUUGAACCCAGAGGGGGUGGAGUCGCUUCAGCCGAAGGCCUUCGUGAUUGGGAAGCAGGCCAUGCCCCUCUUGAGUUAUACUCUGGCAUUUGUCUUAUAACUGAGGAAAAGCACGGAAAACCUCAGUCAGGGUAUCCAAGUGAUCAGACCACUCGUUGCACUGUCUUGGCCGUCUUUUCAGGGACAGCCGAGGCUGUGUAAGACAAUUUUUAAACCACUGAUUUGAAGGUCACUGGAUCAGCCUGGGAGGGCCACAACCCUGGCUGCCAGGGUCUGUGUAUGACUCCUUUGGAUUUAUCGAGUCCUACGUAAAGCCUUGUUUGUGAAAGAAAAUUACAAACACUUGCAGAGCUGACUUGCUGUUCUUCAGCACCGCACCACAGAUAAAAAAUGAUAGCAUCAUGCUUUGCAUGUUCUCUUUCAAAAACAAGGUGGUGACAACUUUAAGCAGUUAAUUGUAAUAAGUUAUUGGCAUGAGUAAAAAUUUUAAAAUGUUAUACAGGAUCUUUCUUUGUCUGCAUAAUUGUGAACAACUU